AUGGGACAGACACUCAUCCCUCGCGCUGCGCUGGCUGGCGCCGCCACCACGCAGCCCUCGCCGCCCAGCCCGGCCCCAGGCGGCGGCGGCCCUCUGCUGCUGUGGUACAAGCGGGACCUGCGGCUGGAUGACCACCCCGGCUGGCACGCCGCCGCUGCUGCUGCUGCGGCGGCGGCGGCGGCGGCGGCCGACGCGGCAGCAGGAGCGCCUCGUGGAGUGGUGCCCGUCUUUUGCUUCGACCCCGCACGCUACGCGCACCUGGUGCUCCCCCGUGGCGGCGCAGAGGCCCUGUGCCGGGCGCUGGCCUCCCUGGAUCGCUCCCUGCGCCAGCAUGGCAGCCGCCUGGUGGUGAGGGUGGGCGCCUGGGAGGAGCAGCUGCCCUUGCUGGCCGCAGAGCUGGGCGCCGCCGGCGUCGUGGCGGAGCAGGAGGUGGAGGCAGACUGGCGCCAGGGCGUGGAGCGGGUGGCGGCGGCGCUCCCCGGCGGCGUGGCCGUGCACCACUGGCGGGCCCCGCUACUGGCUAGCCAUGACGACGAUUACAGAACGCUCAAGGCACGGCAGCCGGCCAUCAACCCGCCCCUCCCCGCCCUCCCCGAGCUGCCGCCUCUGCCGGCGGGCGCCCCGGACGCGCCACAAGGGUGCCACGCGGGCGGCGCCGGCGGCGACGGUGGGCUGGGCAUCAGCAGCGCCCAGCUGCGCCGGCUGGCCGCCGACGCGUAUGCCGCCAGCCUGAGCCCGAGCCUGCUCCCGGCGGCGGCGGCGGGCUACGGCAGCAACGGCGCUGGCAACGGCGCUGGCAACGGCGCCAGCGGCGGCAGCAGCGCCUCCAGCAUCAGUUUCAGCGAGGAGGAGGAGGGCGGCCGCCUGAUCGACCGACUGGUUUCCGGCGCGGCCGACGGCGGCGACGGCGGCGGCGACGACGGUGGCUGGCAGGCAGGGGGAGCAGUCGCCGCCGUCGGGGGCGCCUGGGAGGCGGAGGUGUCGGGGGAGAUAGCGGCGGGGGAGGGGCCCGUGCUGCGCGCGCUGGGCGGAUACCUGCGCAGCCUGGAGACCGCCGCAGAGGGCGGCUUUGGCGGCUUUGGCAGCGGCGGCGAGGCGGCGGCGGCGGCGCUGGCGCAGGCAAUCUCUGCCCACGACCAGCCCGCCACCCCCGACGGCUGCUUCCCCGCGCUGUUUGGCAGGGCUCUGUCGCUGGGUGUGGUGUCCAAGCGGCGAGUGUAUGCUGAGGCCGCAGCCCUGCUGGCGCAGCAGCCCGAGCAGGCCUGGCCCGCCGGCUUCGGCCUGCUGCGCCAGCUGGGCUGGCUGCUGACCUCGGGCGGCGGCGCCUCGGUGCGGCUGCACCGGCAGAAAAAGGCAGCCGCUGCGGCAGCAGCAGUGGAGGCCCGAGAUUUCCACGAGCAGAUGGCCGCGGCGCGGGAGGGCAGGCGGGUGCACGGCGCCACCCUCCACCACUGGCGGUGGAGGGGACUCCUGACAGAUUACCUGGCUGCCCCUGCCGCUGCCGCCGCCGCCGCGCCAGCCGUCGGCGCCGCUGAGCGGCCCGCCAUCCUGCUGUGCCACGGCUUUGGCGCCUUCUCUGAACACUACCGCGACAACGUAGCGGCGCUGGCGGCCGCAGGCUAUGACGUGUAUGCGCCCACGCUGCCGGGGUACGGCCGCGCCGAGAAGCCGGUGCUGCCGUACGGCCAGGGUCUGUGGACUGACUUCCUGGCAGACUUCGUGCUCCAGGUGGUGCUGCGGCCGGUGGUGGUCGCCGGCAACUCAAUCGGCGGCUUCAUCUCCGCCUCCCUUGCGGCAGACCACCCUGGCCUGGUGCGCGGCCUGGUGCUGCUCAACAGCGCAGGGCGCAUCGUGGAGGGCCCGUACCAGCCGCCCGUGGAGCCCGCCAAGUCCCGCCCGCCGCCGGCGUUUGUAGUGGACGGCGUGGCCAGGGCCCUCUUUGCGUACCUGGAGGGCGGCGUGGAAGCCCAGCUGCGACGGGUGUACCCUGCGCGCCCGGACCGAGCCGACGCUUGGCUGGGCGGAGAGAUUGCGAGGGCGGCACGCGACCCCGGGGCACUCGGCGUCUUCAGGAGCGUGUUCUACCUGCCAACCCCUCGCGCGCUCAACUACUUGGUUACCAGCAAGUUUGGGGGGCCCACCCUGGUGCUUCAGGGCCUGAAGGACCCUCUGAACAACGCGCCCGCACGCGCCGCCGAGCUGGCCCGCUGCUGCCCCAACGCCCAGGUGAUCGAGCUGAAGGAUGCGGGACACUGCGUCCAUGACGAGGUUCCAGAGGUGGUGAACCGAGAGAUACUGGCGUUCAUCGAGCAGCGGGUGCUGGCACCGGGCGGCUUGGGCGACGGGGCGGCGGCGGCGGCGGCGGCGGGGCUGCCCACGCCCGCAGCGGCCAAGUAG